GUGUAAAAUUGAAGAGUCAGUGGCAAGUCUUGAGAAAGAGCACAUCCUCUUUCUGUUUUGUACUGGGCGUCCUCAUCCUGACAGGCAUUACUGGCUACAGUCUUUGCUAUCCCACAGUGAGGAAGGUGUCACCAGUUCUGUGUGCUGUUUCUGUGAAGAUAUGACAUGAGACACUGCCAUGGUCCUUGGAGCUGCUCUUCCUGGACUUGUGUUUUUAAUGUUGCAGAGAAUCUGGGCACAGUAUGGGCCACCACCCCAGCCUUCCAUUUGGGCAGUUCCAGGAGCUGUGGUUUCCAUGGGCAGUGGUGUGACCAUCUUCUGCAGGAUCCCUCCAGGAGUGACCACUGUGCGUCUAACCCGUCUUGUGCCCAGUGUUUUGGUGUCUGAUGGUAACCUACAGGGAGCCCAGGAGGUGUUUGAAUUCAGUCUGCAGAAUAUGACACACAGCGAUGCUGGGUUUUACUGCUGUGAAUACCUUAGGGGACGUGAAUGGUCACGAAGUAGUGACAGUCUGGAGCUGGUGGUGACAGGUGUUUACAAUGAAAAGCCACUCCUUACUGCUGAUCCAGGACCUCAGGGAAUCUCAGAAAGAAAUGUGACUCUCCUCUGUCACACGCAUUCUUCCUUUGACAUCUUCAUCCUCUGCAGAGGUGGAAAUGCCUCCUUUCCCCAGGGCUGCUCACGUCAGGACCACAGCACAUUCCUCAUCUCCCCUGUGAGCCCAGGGCACAGGAGGACCUACAGAUGCUUUGGCUCUCACAAACACAGUUCCUACUUGUGGUCACUGCUGAGGAGAGACCUGUUUAUUCUUUUUUUCAUUGUCAUAAAAGGGCUGUGUGUACUGCAAGCGAUGCAAGCACAGAGUGGCCUGUACCCUAAGCCUUCACUCUGGGCUGAGCCCAGUUCCCUGGUGGCCCUGGAGCAGUCAGUCACUCUGAGGUGCCAGGGGCCUCCGGUUGUGGAUUUAUAUCGCCUGGAGAAACUGAAAUCUGAGAAAUAUGAAGAUCAAAACUUUCUCUUCAUUAAGAACAUGCGAAUAAGUCAUGCAGGACGCUACCGCUGCUCAUAUCAGAAUGGGAGUCACUGGUCUCCCCCAAGUGACCACCUUGAGCUAAUAGCUACAGGCAUUUAUGGUAAGCCCUCCCUCUCAGCUCAUCCGAGCUCAGCAGUUGCUCCAGGCAGGGACGUGACUCUGCAGUGCCGGACCAAACAUGGUUUUGAUCAAUUUGCUCUACACAAAGAGGGGGAUACUGGGCUUUAUAAGAAACAUGAUAGAUGGUACCGGGCUAAUUUUCCCAUCAUCACAGUGACUGCAGCUCACAGUGGGACUUACCGGUGUUACAGCUUUUCAAGCACAUCUCCAUACCUGUGGUCAGCCCCCAGUGACCCCCUGGUGCUUGUGGUUACAGGACCCUCUGCCACUCCCAGUCAGGUACCCACAGAGGUGCCAUCUCCCAUAACAGAAUCCCCCAGGAGAUCUUCUAUCUUGCCCUCAACCAAGGCAUCUACAACUGCACUUUAUUCUAGGUAUGAACACUUAUCAGCUAUGUAUUUGGUCUUGGAAACCACUGGCUUACUCUAUGCUUCUGUGAUUAAAAAAAUACUCAAGUUGGGCUGGAACAAGAUCUGUGGGUUAAGGCACUUCCUGCCAAGCCUGAUGUCCUGGGUUCGAACUCCAGAUCCCAUAUGGUGGGAAGAAAGAACCAACCUCCCUCAUGUUGUCCUAUUGAACAUUAAGCACCAACCAUAGAUACACAUACUAAAAAGUGUGAUACAAUACUCGACUUGACUUGACUCAAGCCCUGUCUGUAUUGCUCAUGAAGGCAUCUGGUACACUUGACAGCUCCUUUGAGGUACUUACAGUUCAACAAGGCAUAACUCACCACAGACUUUUCAAAUUACUCUGGGGUUCCUUUAAGGCAUUGCACAGAAGUCUCACAUCCUCACUUCCAAUAUGAUUUAGUCCCAGAUCCAAGUGCUCCAGAUGCAGUGCUUCUCUGAGCAUCUUUGAUAGAUGGCAGCAACCUUCGCUGGUGAUGCUACAGGACCGCAGUCUGGAAAACCACAGGACAAGGACAAAAAUAAGGAACAAACUAACCCAUUAGUCCAUUCUGGGAUGAUGGACCCAAACCACAGCCCUUUUUACCUCAACCAUGGGUUUCAGUUAAGCUUAGAGAUGUUGGAAUAAAUGAGGACAUUAGAAUGAAAUCACA